AUGUCUGAUUGUAGUACUAUUGAUACACCUAUUGAAAGUAAGUUAAAUUUAGAAAAGUCUGAAUGUUGUACUGCAAAUAUUCCUUAUCAAAGAUUGAUAGGAAGUCUAAUGUAUUUAGCUGUCCUUACUAGACCUGAUUUGUCUUAUUGUCUUAGCUAUCUCAGUCAGUUUAAUAAUUGUUAUAAUGAAACUCAUUUUAACUAUGCUAAACGAAUAUUGAAGUAUUUACAGAAAACAAAACAUUAUUGUUUAACUUUUAGUAAGACAGAUAUAGGCCUGACAGGUUUUGUUGAUGCAGAUUGGGCUAGUGAUAGUCUGGAUAGGAAGUCUUAUACUGGGUUCUGUUUCGUCAUGAAUGGAUGUGUAAUAUCAUGGCAAAGUAGAAAACAAAAGACAGUUUCUUUAUCUAGCACUGAGGCUGAAUAUGUUGCUCUUUCAGAAGCAGCCAGGGAGGCUGUUUAUUUAAGAAAUGUAAUGUUUGACAUUACUGGUAAAACAUAUGCUAUUAAAUUGUUAUGUGAUAAUCAAAGUGCAUUGAAACUUGCAACGAGUCAUCAGGCACAUACUAGGUCAAAACAUAUAGAUGUUCGUUUUCAUUAUGUUAGAGAUGCAGUGGAAAACAAGUUAAUUAAUAUUGAAUAUAUUUCAACUCAGGAAAUGCCUGCUGACUUGUUAACUAAAGGUCUUUUAUCGGCUAAGCAUUAUAAGUUUAUGAAUAUGUUAGGGCUUAAGGAGGCUAAGUAA